AUGGUCGGCAAGCAGGAAAUCGAGGAACAGGACUCGGGGGCCACAUCUGAGAGGGCGCUGACGAGAAUCUCCAGCAUCGCUCUCCAAGCAUUGACCAAGGCUGCGCCUUACUUUGGCAUGGCCUCCAAGUACGUCACGUAUCUUGAGAGAAUGGAUCAGUUUCUCACCGAGGUCCACCGGAAGUAUACAAAUCGAAGCUAG